AAUUACAGGUUACCGUUAAGUGAUAACCGCUACCAAAAAAUGUCGGUUACCGGUAACCGAUUGAAUACCAGUUUUCUAAUAAAAAAUUGUUCUACACCUUUGUACCCGUAUACUUAAUACAAUAUUCGUGUUGUUAUAGGAAUCAAGCUAUUUUUAGAUUUCCAAGUACAACAUACGAUGAGAGAGACCGGGACUAUCGGCUAUCGAGUACCGUAAUUACCAACCAAUGGUAUUUUAUAUUAUAGGUUACAGUUGCCGAUAACAGGAAAGAACAAUGUCGAGUUGUGCGGUGUUGCAGUUGAUCGCGUUUUGCGCGUGUCCCGCACUGAUCCUGCAGCAGUGGACGCCGGCCGGCGCCGCGAACAUCCUGGCCGUGCAGCCGAGCCCGGGACGGAGCCACUGGAACAUGAUGCGGGCCGUACUGCGAGCGCUGACCGACCAUGGUCACACAGUUACCGUGUUCACGCCGUUCGUUGACGGCGACCGGGACGGCUACACAGAGGUGGACGUGUCCGGGCCAAUGAAAGCGCGUGUGGGCCUAAACGCUACGUUCUUGUUCGAGACGUUCGGCACCACGCGAAAGUUGAUGACGAACAUGAUGCGGGCCACACGGUCGGGAUGCGACACGAUCUACGAACAACGACGCAUGGUGGACAUCUUGGACGGGGCGGCGAAGCGGCGAUUCGACCUGGUCGUCACCGAACCGUUGGUGUCCGAGUGCGUGGCGUACGUGGCCACGGCGCUCAACGUGCCCGUGCUGUACGUGGUCCCGCCGCCGAUCGUCACGUAUCUGGAACGUUCGUUGACCGGCCACGUACCGAACCCGGCGGCCGGCGGUCACUUGCUGUCCCGCCGAGGCGUGCCCAAAACGUUCGCCGAGCGUCUUGCCAACGCGGCGCUGACGGUGUACUGUUCGACGCUGACGUGGUACGCCGAAUGGCAGCUCCGGUGGGCCGAUCCGAGACCGUACGACGCGGUGGACCUGGUCAGACCGUCGCUGAUUUUCAGCAACACGCACUUCAUCACCGAACCGGCUCGGCCGCUCUCGCCGGACGUCGUCCAAAUCGGUGGAAUACAUCUGACCACGCCCAAACGGUUACCGAAUGACAUUUUGGAAUUCAUCGACGACGCACCUCAGGGAGUGAUCUACUUCACAUUCGGUUCCGUGGUAUCGAUAGCAUCGUUACCGGAGAACGUACUGAGCUCGUUACGAGAGGCACUCGCUCAGGUUCCGCAAAAGGUUUUGUGGAAAUACGAAGGCGAAAUGGAGGACAAACAAUUCAUCGAGUUGCAUGAUCGACAUGUAACUAUAAUAAUAUAAUAACAACAGUAAUGCACAUAUCAUUAUUGACCGAAGUCCGAACACAGCGUAAGUUUAUC